AUGCCUGGGAGGAUCCGGUUACGCGAGGUGACCAGUUUGCGGACGGUGUUCCGUGAAGGAGCCAUUCGACGAACAUCAUCAUCGCGACGGGCUUCGCUGCCUCUCCAGACUCAUGCGCGACAGGUCCACCUUGACCACAAUGUGAUGCUCGCACGAUCGACGGUCUCAGGAGGAGCGCGAGCCUUGUCAACGACAGGUGGUGGACGAUAUCAUCAAUCAAACACCCACUACUCCACCACCAGUGGCGUGAACGCGGACUCGAAUAGUGAGCCGGUGAAGCACGAUGAAGCAGAAGGUGACCGACACCGACACCGUGAGCCAGCAGUUGCAGUUGGCGCACAGGCCGCUAAGCAGCCAGACACAGAACCGAGUCCGCCUCCUCAAGGCAGUCUGAGCAUCGUGUUCACCGACAUCGUGAAAUCGACGGCGAUCUGGGAACAGGACGAGACGGCGAUGAUGCAGGCGAUGCAGCUGCACGACCACAUGGUGCGCCACCUGACCGAGGCGAACCACGGCUACGAAGUCAAGCAGAACGGCGACGGGUUCAUGAUCGCCUUCCCGACCGCGACGGCGGCCGUGCAAUUCUGCCUCGACGUCCAGGAACAGCUGCUGGACGAGAACUGGCCGCGCGAGAUCCUGAAGCUGACGCCGGGCAAGGAGACCAAGGACUCCGACGGCCAUUUGCUAUUCCGUGGCCUGCAGCUCCGCAUGAGCGCCCAUUGGGGCCGUCCAGUGUGUAAUUGGAACGAUGUGAUUCAGCGCAUGGACUAUCUGGGUCCGAUGGUCAAUCGGGCCGCGCGGUUCAUUGAGGCCACUGAGGCAGGGCAGAUCGUCGUCUCGGAGGAAUUCUUGAUCCAGCUUCAGGGAGAGUUGGAAAUGGAGGUCAAGUCACCUUCAGAUGCUGGACAGGAGGAGCAAACAUCGACGCAGCAAUCCCAAACUACAGUCACGGAUGAUUGCAGCAGUGCCGGUGACACAGGGAGGGCCAGCGUCGGCGUCGGCGUCGGCGUCAGCGACAAAGACCAAACCCGAACCGAGAAUCGAGACGAGCACGAAUCCGUGGACUUGGGCAUCCUUCGCUCUAAAAAGGGCCAGCGAAACCUCACGCACCAGCGGUUCGAGGUCCGGCUGCUCGGCGACCACGAGUUCAGAGGCCUCGACGACCCGCAGAAGCUGUAUUUCCUCGUCCCUCGCUCGCUCGAGGGCAGAGUCGAACAUUGGCAACGGGUUACGCAUGUCCCGGGCGUCAAGGGCAAUGUCCAAGGCGGAGCUGUCUGA